ACAACUAAUCUUCUUUAAUUUAUGUUUGUGGAGACAUGUCUAAUUUUUUCUUUCUAAUUGUGUACAAUGAAGUUGAUAUUAUCGAGUAGAGAGUGGAGAAGCUUAAUUGACAAGGAGGAAAAAACUUUCAAUUAUUAAUCAUGUUGUUUAUGGAUAUCUUGUGAUUUGCUUCAAUUUUCUUGAGUUUUCUAGAUUGGUGUUGAACAAUUUGUAUGGUUAAUUUGUGAUUUGCUUGAAUUUUUUAGAACGGUGUUUUAUAUAUGGAUAAUUUGUAUUGAGAGAUUGAUAUUUUGACUUUUAUUUUGAUAAGAACUUGUUAUUGUGUAUUUUUUACGACAAAAACCCAUGGGUACCCAUAAACCCGCGGAUACCAGCGGAUUGGGUUGGGUUUGAGUUUUUCAAACCCAGUGAGUUUUACCCCUGGGUUUUUUUUUUCACGGAUAAACCCAUGAGUUUGGGUUUGGGUUUGACAAAACCCGACCCAUUGCCAUCCCUACCUGUAUAGUCGUACAAAAAGCUAAUAUAUAAUGUAGCAAAAAUGAGAGUGUAAGCAUCUAGUUUAAUUUACUGGUUAAGUAAUCUUACCUCCAUCAGCCAGGUUAAGGGUUCAACGGUAUCACAUCUCGUUGUCUUUGUAAAAAUUAAUAGAAUAAAAAAUGGAGUCGUAUAGGGUUUGAUGCGAAAAUGAUAAAAAUGUUUGAUUCGAUGCAAUGCACAUUUACUUUAAUUCUGUAUUUUUACUUUUUGCAUGGGUGAAAAAGUAUAACCUCUAUCAGGAGUGGUUUGAGUUCAUAAGAUGUUUAGCACGUCCUAUAACAGUCAGUAAAAUAACCUUAUAUUAGUCACCUCAACCAGAUGAGUUCGAAAGUUUAGAGAAUACGUUUGAUUUUCCUACUAGUCUUUCCAUAUAAUUGGAUUCACUAUAAGUACGAGAGAUGACCUCCCAUGCAAAAACCAAUAAAAAACAACAUGAGAUCACUCAUCAAGAAGAAAAGUAGCCACAUACACUGCUAAACGAAAGAAAUCAACUGAUAAAAUCGAGUGAGUCUCGUAAAUAUGUGAAACGAUGACACUAAUAAAGAAUAACAGACCAUCAAAUGAGUCACCUUAUCGUAAUUCCGACCAACAAUUACAACCCUAAGUGCUGAGAGUAAAGGAAGUAUGUCUGCCAAGUGCCAACAACCCAAAAUUAAUUGUUGAUAUCUAAGCAUAUUCGGCCCAAAUCCUUGCCUCCUAAGCUUAGUUUGGUCCUCCAAUUCCUCGAAGCACAAGGAAUACUAAUAGGGUUUACCGGUUACAGGCCCAUUGCGAAAAGCCCUUUCUAAGUGGCCCAGCCUGAAGAUUGCUGGACCUCCUCGAAAUCCUCGGCCCACUCCAUUCUCUAUAAAUCAAGACACCCCCGUAAUUUCUUGACCUCGCAAAAGCGCAAUUCUGUUGCUACUCGCAAAAGACUCGCAUCCAUCGGUUCCUCUCUGUCUAUCGGCGAAACCUAAAAACCUUCACUCGACGGAGAUGGACUCAGAUGUCGCCAUGGUUCCGGCCGGCGAGGGAGGCUCCAGCGGCGCCGCCGGAGCUUCGUCUUCAAGCAAGAAGCCGAAGCGCUUCGAGAUCAAGAAGUGGAAUGCCGUCGCUCUCUGGGCUUGGGAUAUCGUAGUUGAUAACUGCGCAAUUUGCAGGAACCAUAUCAUGGAUCUCUGCAUCGAGUGCCAAGCCAAUCAGGCCAGCGCAACCAGUGAGGAGUGCACUGUCGCUUGGGGUGUCUGUAACCAUGCUUUUCACUUCCACUGCAUCAGCCGCUGGUUGAAAACCCGCCAAGUCUGCCCUCUCGAUAACAGCGAGUGGGAAUUCCAGAAGUACGGGCACUAGUGGAGUCUAUGACUUGAACGUGAUAGCCAGGGGGUGCCACCAAAUUUCAUUAUGUCUCGGAAGACUUUCCAAGGAGUUUGUAAAUUGGCAUUUGCAGAAGGGAAACACUAAACAAACACUUGUUCCUAUGUUUUUUUUUUUUAAACUAAGCUGAGUGGUAUAAUAGGGCAGAGCUCUUGUUUUCUGCUUAUGGCUUUGGCCCUUUCCUGUCCUUCCCCCAGUUUUAGGUACAGGGUAAGUUUUCUAUCCGGUUGAGCAAAGUGAUUAAUUGAGAUGUUGGUAUAUGCUAACCAUUAUGUCCGCUCUCCUUAUUAGAACCUUUCUCUACUGUGUUCUCUUUCUUCGUAAUCAGCAUGGGCGGAGCAUUUUGUUCUCCAUAUCGGCUGGUGGCGUUGGCUUGUGUAAUGUUUUAUGGCUAAUUUGCAAGUUUGGUCACUCGAAUUUCUACAAAAUUUCACGUUUGGUCAUUCGAAUUCGUUGAUUCCAUUCGUAGUCACUUAAAUUAGUUGAAUAGUCCAAGUUUAGUCACUCUCCGUUAACCUCCGUCAGACUCCGUUAGUGCUAUCAGUUAACUGCUGACGUGGCUAACAGAGAUGCCUAGUCACCCAAUUUUAACACAAGAAAAAACAAAAAUUGAC